UCUCUUUUCUAUCGAUGGAUGCGAGAUCAUAAAAUUAUGAAAGAAAACUUGAUUAGAGCAAGGCAUUCACUGAAGAAAAUUUCAAGGCGCAUGGUUAAAAUUCACCCAAAAUAUUAAUCACUUUUCAACAGUUUCCAUCAACUCUCACGUGAAGAUUACACAAAGAAUACUUCAUAAAUCAGGUAAACUAAAACCACUUGACAUGGAAUUUUAUAUUGGUAAUAGAGACAGCGCUGAGCUGUCCAAACGUCAUAAGAUUUGUUUCCUAUGUUGAGAUAUUCUCAUCCGAAAAAAAAAUUUACAUUGACCUUCUAGCUCCUCUGCAUUAAGAUCGAUUAGAAUUCAACAUGCUCUAGGUAUGGUCAAAUUAUGUGAGUAAAAUAUUAAAGCUGAGGUACUUUUUACCUCGUAGCGAGACUUUUUUUUGUGACUACUUUAUAUGUGUUUAAAAAUUUCAUUCUAUCUAAAAAGAAAGAAUUUCAUUUUCAACUUUUCUUUUUGAAUUUUAGGGAUACUGCUGGUCAAGAACGUUUUCGUUCUCUAACAUCAGCAUUUUUUCGUGAAGCUGUUGGAUUUUUACUAGUAUUUGAUUUAACAAAUGAAACAUCAUUUAUUAAUGUACGUAACUGGAUAAGUGAAAUACAAACUCAUGCUUAUUCAGAAAAUGUUGAUAUAGUACUUGUUGGUAAUAAAUGUGAUUUAGAAAAUGAACGUAUUAUUUCAAAAAAUCGUGCGCAAGAUUUUGCUAAAGAAUAUAAUAUAAAUUAUAUUGAAACAAGUGCAUUAAAAAAUAUCAAUGUAGUAGAAGCAAUUAAAUUAUUACUUGAUUCAGUUAUGGAUCGUUUUGAACACGAUAAAAAUUUAUCUAAACCAAAUCAAAAUAAAAUAAAAUCUUUAAAUGAAAUAAUAGAUAAGCAAGGUUUAGAAAACAGUUUUGGAAAAAGACCAAAAACAUCUUAUUGUUGUUUGUAUUAA